AUGUCAAAGCUUUUGCCGACGUCUUCGUUGAUUCAUUUCUUUUAAUCUCACCACUUCUAACUCUCAAUUAUAUUGAAUUUAUUUCAUUUCUGCGAACCAUUUUCGCAACAAUUUGAUGUUCAGUAGUAGACCCCCUUUAUUCACUUACAAUCUCGACAAGAGACUUGAUUCUUUCAUUCCUUUUGACAAGAAACCAAUUAUUUCCCAACCAAACCACUCGAGGAGUGGUACAAUUAUGUGGAGGAACAUUGCAAAACAAGCCGUUUCGAAAAGCAACCGGUUACGUUUUGAUUUGCGCCUUCCUCUAAAUGCUCAUAGUUCUUUUUGUCACUCUCAGGGUUCAACUUUGCCAGGAAGAUUUAAAGUUAGAUCCUUUGAGCCUAUGUCUGGAUUAAAAUGCGGAUCUUUAGGAAUGGGUUACAAUCCCCGGAGUAAUGGAAUUUGGUCGGAAGAAGGUUCUUUGUGGAAUCAUAGUAGUUCUGGUUGCUUGAGAAAUCAGAUUAAAGGCUAUGCUAGUGUUGCAGAAGCAGUAACCUCUACAGAUGUUGAGGAAGAUUCGCAUGAUGAAGUUGAAGACUUAAUGAAAGAGAUGAGGAAAGAAGAGAGGAGGCAGGCUCGAAUUAGGUGGCGAAAUAUGAAGAAUAUGGCUCGGGGCAUGACACAGUCAAAGUACCAGUUACUUAGAAGAAGGCAGGUUAAGAUUGAGACUGAAGCAUGGGAGCAAGCUGCAAAAGAGUACAGUGAACUUUUGAUGGACAUGUGUGAGCAGAAGCUGGCACCCAAUUUGCCAUACAUUAAAACUCUAUUCCUUGGUUGGUUUGAGCCUUUUCGGGAUGCCAUUGCCAAGGAACAAGAGUUGUGCCAAGCUGGGAAAAUUAAAGCGACACAUGCACCCUACUUUGAUCAGUUACCAGCAGACAUGAUGGCUGUUAUCACAAUGCAUAAAUUGGUGAGUUUGUUGAUGACUGGAAAUGAGCAUGGCAGCGUAAAAGUUGUACAUGCUGCCUGCAGUGUGGGUGAUGCCAUCGAGCAUGAGGUUAGAAUACACAAGUUCUUGGAGAAGACUAAAAAGAAAAACGGUGAUACAGCAAAGAAAGAAGGGGGAGAUAAGGUGAACGCCUUAAGCAGGGAACAGGAUAAGCUGCGGAAAAAAGUUACUGAUUUGAUGAAAAAGCAAAAGCUCGCUGUAGUGAGAAAGAUGGUGAAGGGCCAAGAUGAUUCAAAGCCAUGGGGAUCGGAUAAUAAGGCCAGGGUAGGAAGCCGAUUAAUUGAGAUAUUGAUACAGACAGCCUAUAUACAACCUCCAUCUGAUCACCCAGGGGAUUGUCCACCUGAUAUCCGACCUGCAUUCUUUCAUUCAUUCAAAACAGUGAUAAGACAUGGAGUGAAUUCAGGCAGAAAAUAUGGUGUCAUCGAAUGCAACCCUCUAGUUCUCAAAGGCCUUGAGAAAACUGCAAGAAAUGUGGUGAUUCCCUAUAUGCCAAUGUUGGUUCCUCCAGUUAACUGGAUUGGUUUUGACAAAGGUGGACACUUAUUCCUGCCAUCCUAUGUCAUGCGUACUCAUGGAGCCAAGCAACAGCGUGAAGCUAUUAAAAGGGCCCCUCUCAAGCAACUUGGACCUGUAUUUGAGGCCCUAGAUACCCUUGGGAAUACAAAAUGGAGGAUAAAUAAAAGGGUACUGAGCAUUACAGAUAGAAUUUGGGCCAGUGGAGGCUGUCUCGCUGACUUGGUGGACCGUGAUGAUCUUCCUUUGCCUGAGAAGCCUGAUACUGAUGAUGAAGCCCAGAUCAAGAAGUGGAGAUGGAAGUCUAAAUCUGUGAAGAAAGAGAACAGGGAGAGACACUCAAGACGUUGUGACAUAGAACUUAAACUUGCUGUAGCACGGAAUUUGAAGGACGAAGAGGGUUUCUUCUACCCUCACAACCUUGAUUUCCGAGGACGUGCAUACCCUAUGCACCCACACUUGAAUCACCUUGGUUCCGAUGUAUGCCGGGGCAUAUUGGAAUUUGCUGAGGGACGUCCUCUUGGAACAUCUGGCUUACAUUGGCUGAAGAUUCACUUGGCGAAUCUUUAUGCUGGUGGUGUUGAUAAAUUAUCUCACGAUGGUCGUAUAGCAUUUGUGGAAAGUCAUUUGGAAGAUAUAUUUGAUUCUGCAGACAAACCACUUGAAGGGAGGCGGUGGUGGUUGAAUGCAGAGGAUCCAUUCCAAUGCUUGGCUGUGUGCAUAGACCUCACUGAAGCCUUAAGAAGCCAUUCGCCUGAAACAUUUGUCUCACAUAUUCCUGUACAUCAGGAUGGUUCUUGCAAUGGCUUGCAACAUUAUGCUGCCUUAGGAAGAGACAAGUUGGGGGCGGUUGCUGUCAAUUUAGUUGCAGGAGAGAAGCCUGCAGAUGUUUACUCAGGGAUUGCAGCAAGAGUUUUAGACAUUAUACGAAGGGAUGCUCAGAAAGAUCCUGCAGUUUUUCCUGAUGCUUUGCAGGCGAAGACCUUAAUCAAUCAGGUGGAUAGAAAAUUGGUCAAGCAAACAGUGAUGACAUCAGUGUAUGGUGUCACUUACAUGGGUGCUCGGGAUCAGAUAAUGAGGAGGUUGAAAGACCGAGGUGUCAUUUCAGAUGAUAAAGAGCUAUUUGUUGCUGCUUGUUAUGCCGCAAAGGUAACCUUAACUGCUUUGGAGGAAAUGUUUCAAGCAGCACGGAGUAUUAUGAGCUGGCUUGGUGACUGUGCAAAAAUAAUUGCAGCUGAAAAUCAACCUGUGCGCUGGACCACUCCUCUUGGACUUCCUGUGGUGCAACCUUACCGUAAAUUGGGGAGGCAUUUGGUCAAAACAUCGCUUCAGAUUUUGACACUGCAAGAGGAAACAGAUAAGGUCUUGGUCAAGCGACAGAGGACAGCAUUUCCCCCGAAUUUUGUUCACUCACUCGAUGGUUCUCAUAUGAUGAUGACAGCAGUUGCCUGCCAUAGGGCAGGCUUGAAUUUUGCAGGGGUUCAUGAUUCCUACUGGACGCAUGCAUGUGAUGUGGAUGAAAUGAACAGAAUACUCAGAGAGAAGUUUGUGGAACUGUAUCAGAUUCCAAUUCUUGAAAAUUUACUGGAGGGCUUUCAGAGGUCUUUCCCUUCAUUAUCGUUCCCACCCUUGCCAGAACGGGGAGAUUUCGACUUAAGAGAUGUCUUAAAGUCACCAUACUUCUUUAACUAACUGAGAUCAUCCUUCAUCAGGCUUGGUAAUUCUAACUUUCAAGGCUUACCUACAGCAUCUAAUCUUUGAAUUUGGCUAGAAUGGAAGAUCUUCGACAAGUAUCCAUGCUAGAGGCUGUUACAGUGCCUUUAUAUAUCUUUAAAGGCAUUCAGGGUCUUGAGGAACGAGGACCAUUGGGAGGGAAAGGUGACAUUCACCAUUGAACUGAACUACUUGCAUACAGUUGUGCAGAACUACAAAUCAAUUGGCAAAUGUGGGGAUUUGGAUUCUUCCCAAGUUAUCUUUAGGGAGAGAGAUAUUUUCCACCGGGACUCAUUCGCAUCAUGCAAUUCACCACUCAAGUCUUACACUUGGAGUCGAUCUCCAAUGAAACUCGGAAAAUCUAACCCCGUUUUGAGGGGGUUCCUACGUGAUAAUGAAGAAUGUGGUAGAGCUUGUGCAAGAAGCUCUGGUCCGAUAUCGCCAUGCACAUAUUAUAAUACAAGAGUAACAAAAAUCCUUCUUGUUAUCCUGAGAAAAGUACUCAUGUAGCUUCAGUUUAAUUAGGAAUUAGCAAUUUUGUGUAUUUCUACAUUUUUGCUUUGGUAAAUAUUACCAAAAUUGUUUGAACAUGCAUACUCGCAGCACAUGGUGCAUGUGACUCGUGCUGCUUAUAGGAGAUGUAAAUUUUGUCUGACUAUGCAACUGGUUCUCUCUGGAUCAACUAAUUCUUGUAAAUGUGAUGUGGUUGAAUAAUAUAUAUAGCUCAUGUGAAAUUAUAAUAUAAUAAUUAGGCGUGUUUUCAUGCUUUUCAUGA